CCGGCGACGAGGAGCAUGCUGUCCCGGCAAGCCAUUGUCGUCGUCGUCGUCUUCCUCGUUCUUUUCUUCGUCGGCGGCGGCAGCAGAUGCGAAGCCGAGACGUUGGAGACGGCGUCUCUCCAUGUCGAUUACUCUGUCGCUCGAAGAAUGCCGGACACUCUGUUCGGUCUGUUCUUCGAGGAGAUUAACCACGCUGGAAGUGGUGGCCUUUGGGCUGAACUCGUCAGUAACAGAGGUUUUGAAGCUGGAGCCAACACAUCAAACAUUGACCCAUGGUCCAUCAUUGGAGAUGAAUCCUCUGUGCACGUCACAACUGAUCGCUCAUCCUGUUUCAGUCAAAAUCCGGUUGCUGUAAGGAUAGAGGUUGUCUGUGACGAUUGUCCAGCUGGUGGUGUUGGAAUAUACAAUCCAGGAUUCUGGGGCAUGAAUGUAGAAGAAAGGAAGACAUAUAAUCUAGUCAUGCAUAUCAGAUCAUUAGAAUCGGUGGAGUUGACGGCUUCACUCACAUGCUCAAAUGGAUCGCAAAAUCUGGCAUCAAAUUUUGUUCGAGAAACUGAUUUGUUAAAUUGGACAAAGAUAGAGCUGCAGUUACUAGCUCAUGGGACAUGCAGAACUUCAAGACUUGAACUGACAACUAGGAGAAGGGGAGUGAUAUGGCUUGAUCAGGUGUCACUCAUGCCUUCAGAAACAUACAAGGGCCAUGGUUUUCGCCAGGAACUCAUGUACAUGCUUUUGGACUUAAAACCACGGUUUCUACGGUUUCCUGGGGGUUGCUUUGUUGAAGGCAAUUGGUUAAAAAAUGCGUUCAGGUGGAAGGAAACUAUUGGUCCAUGGGAAGAGAGACCUGGGCACUAUGGAGAUGUUUGGCACUACUGGACCGAUGAUGGCCUUGGGUAUUAUGACUUUCUCCAGCUUGCUGAAGACUUGGGUGCUGCUCCAUUUUUAUCUUGUGAUUUAGGGAUGAGUCACAGUGAUGUAGUUAAUGGAACUAUGCUUACACCUUUUGUAAAGGAUGCAAUAGACAGUCUUGAGUUUGCAAGAGGGAGUAAAGAAUCAACAUGGGGCUCUGUUAGAGCCGCGAUGGGACACCCUGAACCAUUCCCACUGAAGUAUGUUGCACUCGGGAAUGAAGAUUGUGAAAUAUUCAAGCCGACAUACCAAGAAAAUUACCCCAAGUUCUACAAUGCUAUACGAGAGGCUUAUCCUGACAUUCAAAUAAUUUCGAACUGUGAUGGCUCGUCUAGGCCACUUGAUCAUCCUGCUGAUCUGUAUGACUUCCAUGUAAUACUAACCGAAGCUAAUUUGGUUGUAUCAUUCUCCCUGUUUUAAAAUUAUGUCUUACUGUUUUCUCAGACAGUCAAAAUAACCAUUGAUUAUGCUAUUGUUUCACUCCAGGUAUUUGUAAGCGAGUAUGCUGUUAAUAAUGACAAAGGGGGUGAUGCUGGCAAUGGAAGCCUCCUUGCAUCGUUGGCAGAAGCUGCUUUCCUCACUGGUUUAGAGAAAAACAGCGAUGUCAUUCAGAUGGCAAGCUAUGCACCACUCUUCGUGAAUGAAAAUGAUCGCACCUGGAACCCAGAUGCAAUUGUCUUCAACUCCUGGCAACAGUAUGGAACUCCUAGUUAUUGGAUGCAAACAUAUUUCCGUGAAUCAAGUGGUUCUGUGAUUCAUCCAGUCACUAUCAGCUCCAGCUACUUUGAUUUACUGGCAGCAUCUGCAAUCACCUGGCAGGACAAUGAGGAUAUCUUUCUGAGGGUAAAGAUAGUAAACUUUGGGCCAAGUGCUGUGAACCUUACAAUAUCUUCAAGUGGACUUCAAGCUGGUGUAAAUGCGGCAAAAUCAACUGUGACUGUUCUCACAUCCAGCAACUUACUGGAUGAGAAUUCAUUUAGUGAACCAAACAAGGUUGUGCCAGUUACAAGGGAGUUACCCAAUGCUGGGCAAGAGAUGCAGUUCUUACUCCUUCCAUUCUCAUUGACCUCAUUUGAUCUGGCUAUGUUUUAGAACACAAGUUGCAGGGUGGUAUAUUGGGACUGGGAAUGAUGUAAUGUCUUAAUAUUUAUGCAACUUCUUUUUUUUUUAUAGUGAGGGCUUUAUUUGAACUUUAGUAUGUACAACAAAUUUGAUUUUAGUAUGAACCACCUCUUUUUUAAUUUUGCUGACAGAAUCAGCAAGCCUGGCAGAACAGAGAGGGAUUGUAAUCACCCGUGUAGACAUCCACUCGUUUAUUGCAUGUCAACUAAAUGGUUAUAAAAAUGUUUCAAAAAAAAUUUGACAA